UCUUCUGAAAGGGCCGGAUAUGGUUUCGUGUUUAUCAACAGUUAUCAACGGUUUUCGGGAGAGACGGAUUGCUUUUGGAGCGGACAUUCGAGAAAUGUUCCACCAGAUACGUGUGAGAUCGGAGGACCGCCAGGCUCAACGCUUCUUGUUUCGUACAGAUGUCGAACGAGAGCCGCAGAUAUUUGUAAUGGACGUGGUGGUGUUCGGAGCUAGCUGUUCUCCUUGUACAUCGCAGUACGUCAAAAACUUAAAUGCUCGAGAGCAUGCAGUGCAGUACCCUGAGGCGGCAAAGGCUAUCAUCGAGAAGCAUUUCGUCGACGAUUAUUUUGAUAGUGUUGACACGGAAUGUGAAGCUGUUCAGAGGGCUAAGGAUGUGAAAGCGGUACAUGCAGCUGGCGGCUUUGAAUUGCGGAACUGGAUGAGUAAUUCUCCUGAAGUGCUCAAAGAACUUGGCUCUACUUCCACGGAAUCUUCUAGGUUUGUUGAAGUUAACAAAACUGAUAAUGUUGAACGUGUUCUGGGUAUCAGCUGGAAUGCCGUCGAGGAUAAAUUUGUUUUUUCGACAGACAUGCGCGCGGACCUGCACCCCUUUAUUAAGGAAGGUGCAUGGCCCACUAAACGAAUUGCGUUGAGGUGCAUCAUGAGCAUGUUUGACCCGAAACAAUUUUUGGCGCCAAUCCUGAUCCACGGACGGAUAAUUAUGCAGGAUGUAUGGCGAAGUGGAAUCGAAUGGGACGAUAAAUUGAGAGAGGAGCAGUAUCACCAAUGGUUACGUUGGACAAAUCUAUUUCCGUUGAUCGACACCGUUGAAAUUCCUCGUUGUUACCUUGGCAGAUUGGACUCAACAUCGUACGAGAGUGUACAGUUGCACGUUUUCUCCGAUGCCGGUGAAGACGCGUAUGGCACUGUGGCAUACUUCCGGUUUGUGACAGAUGAACUGAUUCAUUGUGCCUUUAUCGAAGCCAAAGCCAAAGUUGCUCCAUUACAGCACAUGUCGAUACCCAGGAAAGAAUUGCAAGCCGCGACAUUGGGGGCCCGCCUUGCAAAAGGCAUACGAGAGAGUCAUUCCUUUCCAAUUACCAAAACGGUUAUGUGGACAGAUUCGAAGGCGGUUUAUUCGUGGAUUAGAUCAGAACGGAAGAAAUUUAAAGAAUUCGUAGCUCAUCGUGUUGGUCAGAUCUUAAGCUUAACGAAUCCUGAAGACUGGCGAUGGGUACCAUCAAAAGAAAAUGCAGCAGAUGAUUUAACUAAAUGGGGGAAAGGAACGGAAAUCAAUUCAGAUAGUCGGUGGUUCAAGGGUCCUGAAUUUUUGCACCAGUCGGAAGAAAAUUGGCCAGAACAAAACCAGAAUAUUAUAGUCAUCGAGGAUGAAGUUCGAGCUCAUGUUCUGUUCAGCGCUACAACUUGUACGAAUGUUUUUGGAAGCCGGAUUGAGCAUAUAUCGAGGUGGACUAUUUUAGUGCGCAUGGUGGCAACAGUGUACCGUUACGUCGAAAAUUGCAAGCUUCGAGUGGCAAAUAAACCGAUAGACGCCCUUCCUACAAAUGCGGCCGGCAGAAAAUCGCAGAUUCCAGGAGUGGUUGUACCCCUUCGACAAGAAGAAUAUUUCAUGGCGGAAAAUUGUUUGUGGCGGCUAGCGCAGCAGGAGGAAUACGCGGAUGAAAUAGCUCUACUGUCACGAAACCGAAAAGUACCGAAGGAUCAGCAGAGACAACUGGAACGUUCUAGCAAUCUGUAUGACAAAUCGCCCUUUCUUGAUGAGUUCGGAGUUCUACGGGUAGAAGGAAGAACAGUAUUCGCAGAUUUCGCUAGCUAUGAUGCAAGAUUCCCAAUAAUUCUUCCCAAAAAGCACCCGAUAACUAGGAAAUUGGUCGAAAAUUGUCAUCAAAGAACGAAUCACAGCAGCAGAGAAACAGUUGUUAAUGAACUAAGGCAGCGUUUUUGUAUUGGGUCCCUGAGAGCAAUUGUAGAGUCGGUUAUAAAGGAAUGUCAAUGGUGCAAAGUGCACAAAGCGCGACCGUUCAUUCCCAAAAUGGCACCUUUGCCGAGACAACGAAUGGCCCUGGGAGUAGAGCCAUUUUCAUACGUUGGAUUAGACUAUUUUGGUCCACUAGAAGUUUCUGUUGGAAGACGACGAGAAAAGCGUUGGGUGGCCUUGUUUACAUGCAUGACAACUCGUGCCGUGCAUCUGGAGGUGGCUCAUACUUUGAAUACGGAAUCGUGUAAAAUGGCUAUCCGAAGGUUUGUGAAGAGGAGGAGAAGUCCGCUUGAAAUAUUUUCCGAUAACGGAACGAAUUUCGUUGGAGCCAGUAGAGAACUAGCCGCUGCGAUCCGAAAGAUCAAUGGAGACUGUGCCGACACUUUCACAUGCUCAAAAACUAAGUGGACCUUCAAUCCACCAGCAGCACCACAUAUGGGUGGAGUAUGGGAGCGGAUGGUUCGAUCGGUAAAGGUAGCCUUGAACACAAUCGUAGACGGAGGAAAACUCACGGAUGAGAUUCUAUCUACUGCUUUAGUGGAAGCAGAGGAUUUGAUCAACUCCAGACCACUGACAUAUGUUUCGACAAAUGUCAAGGAUGACCUGGAAGCUCUUACGCCGAACCAUUUUUUGAAAGGUUGUGCCGCCGAAUGUCUUCCACCUCGGAGUCAAACAGAACAAGUGGACGCUUUACGAAGCAGAUACCAUCGCGCACAGCAACUGGCUGACAAGUUAUGGCAAAGGUGGCAGCAUGAAUAUUUUCCCAGUUUAAAUAAACGCACGAAAUGGUUUGAAGACGUCAGAGAAAUAGCUGUAGGAGAUCUAGUGUUCGUACAGGAAGAAAAUAAACACGAAAGAGGAAUCGUCACAGAGGUCAAAGUCGGUAUGGAUGGAAGAGUUCGCUCAGCAGUUGUGCAGGUGAACAAUAAAAAGAAGCUGCGACCAGUGUCAAAAUUGGCUGUACUCGAAGUUGAAAGUGGUAAACCCAGCAGAAAUUAACCGAUGGAAUAACUACUGGGCUUACGGGUGGGGGUAUGUUGUACGCAAAUUCGACCACUGUGCGUCAGAAAAACAUUGAUGACGGAUCGAUGAUGAUUGAUAAGAUAGGUGUAGAAUUGUGUACGGAAUAGGUAUAGAAUUGUGUACAGAAAUUUGUGUUAGUAAAAGUAUGAUGAAUGUUUACACCAUUUUGUUCUGUUAUGAAUUCGGUUUAGCUAGAAAGAGUUUGUGAUCAAAUUGAUUUGGAGUAAUUUGAGUGAUUACGGGCACUGCCGCUUAUCGGAAAGUUUUAGCGAAACUCUAGACUGGAUCUGUAAGUAAAAAAAGUAGAGAAAAGGAUCAAGUGCUAAUAGGAAGCUUUUAUUUAGAUCGAGUGCGAGUGCCGUUGAAUCGACAGGAAUUACUGAGCAAAUUGAUUGAGUCCAUGCGUACCGUUUAAUGUGCUGAAAGCCGUGUAUUGUGGAAAGAAGUUGGCCAGUCUGAUCUCACGUGACGACCUGAUAAAAAGCAGUCGUAGUAGCCAUCGAGGAAGUAAUCUUGUGUGAAGUAGGAAACUUUGAAUGUAAGCGACCAUGUGAUAUGUUUUUUUUUGUAUCUAAUUGUAAUUCAAUUAUAGCUUUGAGUCCUUUUGAAUCCAUCACUACAAAGACUUGUUUCCCUACCCUUGAGAAGUCCAAAUAACAGAUUUUAAGAUUAAAUUCAGCCAGUCUUUUCAACACUUUGGACAUAUUU